AUGCCAAGAAAUCAAAAAAUAAAAAAAAUUACAGCAAGAUGGAUUAUCGAAAGUACAGAGUUAAAUCAAGAUCUAAACCAAGAUACAGAAGUUUACAUAUCAGAUGGUGAUAAUGAAUUUGAGCUUGAUCUUCCAGAAACUUUAAAACCUUUGACUCAGAAUCCAGAAGAAAAUUACUUGUUUCUUCCUAAAGAAGAAUAUUCGUUUAGUAAAUUUAGUGUACCAAGCAAUAUAUACGAUGAUGAUCUGAAAGUACCUUUCGUCGACUUUAAUGAGGGAUCUAAUUGA